AUGUUCGUGAUGGGUGUUAACAACAAGGAGUAUACGUCCGAUCUCAAGGUUGUCUCCAACGCCUCGUGCACUACUAACUGCUUGGCCCCUCUUGCUAAGAUCAUGAACGACAACUUUGGUAUCGUCGAGGGUCUCAUGUCCACAAUUCACGCUACUACUUCCACUCAAUUGACCGUCGAUGGUCCCUCAAAGGGUGGUAAGGACUGGAGAGGAGGCCGUUGCGCUGCUGCCAACGUCAUUCCUUCCUCCACCGGUGCCGCCAAGGCCGUCGGUAAGGUCAUCCCCUCUCUCAACGGUAAGUUGACUGGUAUGUCCUUCCGUGUCCCUACCCCUGAUGUUUCUGUUGUCGAUCUUACCUGCCGUCUCGAGAAGGCUGCCACCUACGACGAGAUCGUUGCCGCCGUCAAGGAGGCCUGUGAGGGUGACAUGAAGGGUGUCAUGGGUAUCACUUAUGAUGAUGUCGUCUCCACUGAUAUGUGCAACGACAAGCAUUCUUCCAUCUUCGAUGUUAAGGCCGGUAUCGCUCUUAAUGAGCACUUCGUCAAGCUCGUCUCCUGGUAUGAUAACGAGUGGGGUUAUUCCAACCGUCUUGUUGACCUCGCUGUUCAUAUGAGCAAGGUUGACGCCACUGCAUAA